GACGUGACGCCUCGCUAACACUUGUAACCUCCUCCACCACCUCCACCACCUCCUCCACCACCACGACAACGUGACGCCUCGCUAACACUAGUAACCUCCUCCUCCACCUCCACCACCUCCACCACCACCACCACCUCCACCACCACGACGUGACGCCUCGCUAACACUUGUAACCUCCUCCACCACCACCUCCUCCACCACCUCCACCACCACCACGACGUGACGCCUCGCUAACACUAGUAACCUCCACCACCACCUCCACCACCUCCACCACCACCACCACCUCCACCACCACGACGUGACGCCUCGCUAACACUUGUAACCUCCUCCACCACCACCUCCUCCACCACCUCCACCACCACCACGACGUGACGCCUCGCUAACACUUGUAACCUCCACCACCACCUCCACCACCACCACCACCACGACGUGACGCCUCGCUAACACUAGUAACCUCCACCACCUCUUCCACCUCCACCACGACGACGUGACGCCUCGCCACUCUCCACCGCCUUCACGUCUCCACUCCUUUACUGCACGCAUUGUGAGCGCAACAUGUGCCGGGAGAAGGGAUGCGGCUGCCGGAGCUGGAGGAGGAGGAGGCUGUCUGUGGCGAUGCCGGUAGGCCCAUUUGGUUGUCUUCACUAAGAGACACGCUUUAUUUAUUGAGUAAGCAGCCACUGUAGGGCGAGAGAGAGAGAGAGAGUCUGGUGGGGUCCACUCGGCAGCACUCAUGAGUGACCGCAAGACCAAAGUUGUUCAGCAGAAAGCAGCCAAUCGAAGCCCACGAGCCGAUUUCAUUCCUUGCAAACACUGUGGGAAACCUUUUCUGGGAGCACGUUUGCCUACCCAUCAACGCAGCUGCGGUGCCUUAAAAACAAUUGCAACCACCAAGGCAGAUCCAAGUGUCGCCACUUCUGAGAAAGUGCAAAACACUUCAGCCACAGAGGCAUUUGGCAAAUCACGAAGAGGCCACGAUUCGCCAGACAUCCUUGCGUCUGGGCCAAGUCAUGCUCCUCCAGUGCUACAACAGGAACCAGGCAAAGCAAUAAACCACGGAAAGCGACUUUCCAGGCCGAAGACAACCACCCUUCCCCUGCGACCCAACGGGGUGUUUUCACACCCAGGUUUGGAGAAGCCAUAUUCUCUGCCCACCAUACCUCCGAGACGGUCAGCUAUGAGAGUGUGCUACAUCUGCGGUCGGGAGUUUGGCUCAAAGUCCAUCUCUCUGCAUGAGCCAAAGUGUCUGGAGAAGUGGCAGAUUGAGAAUGAGAAGCUGCCAAAGCACCUACGGAGGCCAGAGCCCCACAAGCCAAAUACGGACACAAAGUCUGGUGUUGGUGCAGCUAAUGACUUGGCUUGGCAGAGUGCUCAGGCGCAGCUUGUUGCAUGCGAUAACUGUGGCCGCACUUUCUUGCCUGAUCGUCUUGCCAUCCAUCAACGGAGCUGCUUUAAGUCCAAGGAGAUUGCUGCCAAGGAUGGUGGCCGUAGAGGGCCCUCCCUGUCCCGUGGAGCCACUUUCAGGAAACCCUCAAGCACCGUGAGUUCGUCCUUGCCCGUUGUUUCAGCUCCCAAAGUUCCUGGUGUCGAAAGGCUUGGAGUAGACAAUGGAGGCGGCACGAACAAAAAGAACGGGAGUGUGACGGCAUCGCGGCAAGCCACAAAGGCUCCCAUGCCACGCACUCUCAUCUGCUACAUCUGCGGCCGAGAGUUCGGGACAAAGUCACUGAGCAUCCACGAGCCACAGUGCCUGGAGAAGUGGAAAAACGAGAAUGACCGACUGCCCAGAGAGUUACGCCGGCCGGUCCCAAAGAAGCCACUGGUGGCACAGGCUGGUGGGGGCACCGGGGCAAUUGCAGUGAGCAAUGAGGCAGCCUGGGAAAGCUUCAAGGGGCAGCUGGUACCAUGUUCUAACUGUGGCCGGAAGUUUGCGCCAGACCGUCUGCAGGUGCACCAGCGCAGCUGCAAGGUUAAAGGCCCUGGCGCUUCACCUGCUUCCACUGGACCAGGAGCAAGUGCGGCCGUACAGCCCAAGGUAAUCCGAAAGCCGCAAACGGUUAUCUGCUACAUCUGUGGACGAGAGUUUGGAACCAAAUCUAUCUCCAUACAUGAGCCACAAUGCUUCACGAAGUGGCAUAUUGAGAAUGACAAGCUUCCCAAGAAUAUGCGUCGGCCUGAGCCCAAAAAACCUGAGGUGGCCUUAAUUAAAUCGAGUGGGACAUAUGACCUGGAGGCAGCCAAUGCAGCGGCGUGGCAAAGCUCGCAGGGCCAGCUGGUGCCAUGCCCUGUCUGCGGCCGCACAUUCCUGCCUGACCGCCUGGCUGUGCACCAGCGUGCCUGCAAACCAAAGCCUGCCAAGGCUUGAGCUGGAACAGCUGGCUCUGGAAUAGCUGAAGAUGGGGAGGCCUUCAAAAAUUGCUUUCUGGGAGCUCUGAAUGUUCUUCCAGUUGGUUUCCAAUUGUUUAAAAAAAAAUAACAGUGGAACAGAGUGGCAAAAAAUAUACCGGGAAGUUUACAUUUACAGCUUUGAUGCUCAUUAAUACAUUCACCAACGUGUCGAGGCUAGAAACGUGUCAUACUCACUUUGUUGAUGCAAACGGGUUAUUAUACGGAUAUAAAAUAAACAGGUUUGCCUUUAAUUGUCUCUUACAUGUGCCUACCUUCACAACUGCACCAUCACAGCCUUCCCCGUUGAUAUGCUGUAAUGGGUCAUUGCUAUAUUAAUGAAGGCCGAAUUUGGACCAAACCUUAUCCAGCAUUGCCCAAUGUCAGCAUGUUUACCAGACAAGAGCUAAAUCAAUGAACCUCAAAUGAACAUAAUUGUCUCCUUACUCUACUCCCAUGCCCGUGCUCCCCCCUUCAGCAAUCAAAGCUUUCAACUGAAACCCUAGUCAGCCUUCACUCAGUUUUCCCUUGCUGCCCUCAUAGUCUGGAGCUUCAUUUUCCCAGACAUCCAUAUCGUCUGCUUCCUGCCCUAUACAAUUUCAGAGUCAAGACCUUGUUUCCUCUGUCAAUGACUGUCUUGAUCUUUUUAAAAUAAAUAUUGUCCACUGUACAGUGUCUUGAGAUAUGGUUGCAUUUAGAUACUUUACGAGUUAUUAAAGGCGGGCUGGGAGCGAAAUGAUGAAUCAACCAGUAGGCAAGAGCAGUUUGUAGCGGUUUUAGGAAACUUAAAAGAAUAUACAAAUGUGCCUAAAGAAAAAAAAGUUUAAAAUCAGUGUACAUUACAUGUGGGUCCAAAACUUGGAUGUUGUGGAAGAAAAUGCAAGAAGUAAUGUAUUUUAACACGUAGGCUUUCAUGUAUUUUAGGAAUUUAAGUAAGAGACAUGAUGAUGGGGCACAUGGAGAACAUAUUUUAGUUAAAGCAAUUUAAGUGGGCUCGGGCAGGACACAAUACGAGAAGGGAUAUUGGCCAAUGGUCAAGACUAACAAAGUAUCAGCCAAACGAAGGGGCUUAUGCGAGAGUACGUCUGCUACAGAGAUGGAGGGAUGCAAUCCGCUUGUAUGCAGGUGCCAGAUGGAUUGUUGAAUCACAAGACUAUAAGAGGUGGUGGCAGUUGAAGAGACCUUAAUGAUGAACAUUUGUAUUAUAUGCACUAUUUUGGGGGAAUUUUUUUUCACAAAUGUAUGUAAUGAUUUUUAAUACACAUGUGGCAGGGCAAAGUACCAAGAUUGUCCAAUUGUUUUGCACUUCUGAUAUGGUAUCAUACUUUACUCAAUGAAUGUGACAGUUCAUGUACCAUUAAAUCAUAACAUGUGUAUGUUGAAUUAUAUAUAAAAUCUCUGAUAAUAUAAUAAAGAUGUGUACUACA